CUGAGACUUCGUCCUCGACACGGCAUUGCUCUCAGAGAAAAAAAAAGAAGUAUCGCCGCGCCGACCCCGACCGAAUCUCACCGGCGGGCGGCAGCGAUGGCCUCCAAACUCUGGCGUCCUCUCAGAGUCCUCUUCCUCCUACUCCUCCUGCCGCUGUCUGCCUCGUGUACGGCGGCCGAGGACGACGCUGCGGUGGCGAGGUCGUCUUUCCACAUGGACGGCGACGUGGCCUGGGUGGUGCAGGUCAGUGACCUCCACAUCAGCGCCUACCACCCGGACCGGGCCGACGACCUCGUGCGCCUCCUCGGCCCUGCCCUUCGCGCCAUCCGCCCCCACCUCCUCAUAGUCUCCGGCGACAUCACCGAUGCAAAAAAUAGAAGAAAGACUACCUCCAGACAAGAUGAAGAUGAAUGGAUUACAUACAAGAAAACUAUUGAUGCAAUUGUUGAAAAAGGUGGUAUUGACAGGAGGAGAAUAUUUGAUAUAAGAGGCAAUCAUGAUACAUAUGGAGUUCCCUAUAGAGGAAGCAAAUUGGACUUCUUUUCAACUUACAGUGUUAGCUCACAGCUUGACCGGUUAAGGACCAUCAAUAGCAUAUUGCUUCAGGGAGAUAGAAGUUAUCUCUUCCUGGGAAUAGAUGAUACAAUGAGCGUUGGCAUUCGUUAUCCUUCUAAUUUAUUUGGCAAUCCUACUGAUAAGAGGAUAGAAGCAGUUAAUUCUGAACUACAAUACUGGACCAGUCACUCAAAUGUUCCGAUUACAAAAGUUGUAUUUGGACAUUUCCCUAUGUCAUUCACUAGUUCAUCUGAAGGAGGACAGCGGUACGAAAGUGUGUUCGCAAGACAGUCAAUUUCAGCAUACCUAUGUGGCCAUCUGCAUGCAAAAAUUAGUAAGCAUCUCUGGAGAUAUCAUCAAAUGAAAACAGAAGAGCGCUCUUCAAGUUUUUGGGAAUGGGAACUUGGAGACUGGAAAGAGUCCAGAUUGAUGAGGAUUUUAGCAAUAGAUAGAGGCACGGUCUCUUUUGUUGACCACGAGUUAAAACAGCCAGUUGAAACUUCAAUCUUAAUCACAUAUCCAGCAGAUUCAAGAAAUAUGAAUAUACUGGAAUUGGAAUCAAAGAAGGGAUCACUGAGAAAUGAUAUAAACGUACUUGUUUUCUCUGAAGAACUUAUUCUCAAUGUUAGUGCAAGAGUUUUUGAUUCUCAUAAUGAGUUCAAGAUAGUUGAAGACAUGGCUCUGCAACAUAUUUCGAGCUCUUCUGUUUACAAACCAUUGUUCCAUGCCAAAUGGAGUGCUGAAAAUUACAGAAGUCCAUAUCCCACUCGCUACUGGUUGCAAGUGUUUGUGCUGGAUUCUCAUGGUAAGAAGACACUAAGUGAGCGAAGACCAUUUUCAGUUGAGGGUAAGAUGGCAAUUCCAUACCGCCCCUGGCUCAACCGUUUGAUGUUUGAAGUUGAAUGGGAAGCCAUGUAUAAAGUUCUUCUGUGGAUUAAUUUGGCCUUCACCCUUAUUUUGCUGUUCAUUCCCAAAAUGUUGUACCACGUUUUUAAAAGGAGUUCAUCAUACCAAAGGUGGGCUUUGUCAGUUAUAGCAUCCCCUGUCCAGCAGAGAAACACUUGCUUUUGGUUGGUAUGGUUUUUAAUGGAGGGUUCAAGCAGUAAAAUGCUCUGGUUUUCUUUAACCCUGUAUGUAUUUUGGAUCUCUCAAAUGCCAUGGUUUUGGGGUCAUGCAACAUCUGAAAAUGGAGAAAUUGCUCAAAUGUAUUUAUCUGGAUGGAGCGUACCUUCUUCUGGUAUGAGCUGGACGAACUACAACCCUGAUGUGAUGGUGAUCACCCUGCCUUUCCUAUACCUGGUGGUUGUCCCUGUAGUGGUCUUGGUGUAUGGCUUGUUUGCAGAACGGUCUGCUGCUUAUUUACGGCAGCACAGAACAAGAGCAGAAGGCAGAGUUAAUCCAUCUGAUACGACCAGUGAGUCAGCAAGCUUUGUGCCAGGUUCUCCUGAUCCAGGAUCUUUAAUGAAGUUAUCUUACAAGAACAAGAUCAAGUUCAUGUUGAGGAAGUUUUGUGGUGGGUGGACAAGAAGGUUAAUUCUGCUAGCAUGCUUGAUUACAGCUGCGAUACAUUUGAAGCUUUCUUCGAUGCUAAUGUCAGCCUAUGGAUCAACACCAGUGGUCUUGUCUCCUCCAUUAACAUGGUUGCCACUGUUACUAUUAAGCGUUUCUGCCUACUGUACCAUGGCCCCUGUAGAUUACACCAUAGAACCCAGAACUGUACAUUCGUGAAGCACACUAAUGUCUUUUGGUACUUUCUCCUGUUGUACAUCAGAGCCCCAUAGGGGUACACUUCUACCAUCAAAUAUAUUAUGGAGUGGGUACACCAAAAAUACCCAGGAGAACAUGGGUCUAGUUAGACCUGAUUUUCAAAGAAUAUCAAAAAUCGUAUUUCAAAGUUUCAGAA